AUGGCACAACUUGACUAUUCCUUGUUGCUUUUCUUUUCUUGUCUCUUUUCUAUGUCUGUCAUGGCAGAACCAGCCUUUGCUAGACGUUCCCGAUCAAUGGCAUACAUCGAGGCCUCAUGCCGCACCACCCGCUAUCCUACUCUUUGUAUCAAAUACCUCUCUAGUUAUGCUAAUGCUAACAUACAAAGUCCAGAGCAAUUGGCUCACCUAGCUUUGUCCGUAAGCCUCUACCGUGCUUUGUAUACAAAAACAUACAUGUUGAAAGCGGCCAAAGAACUGAAGGCAGGCAAGGCUAAGGGAUACCAAGCUAUGAAAGAUUGCUUGGCGGAAAUCAACGAUAGUGUGGAACAAAUUAGCCAAUCUAUCAUAGAGCUCCGUCGCUUGGGGCAUGAACCGGCAGCUGUAGGAGAUGAUUUCUUUUGGCACAUAAGUAACGUUGAGACUUGGGUUAGUGCUGCUUUAACCGAUGUAAGCACUUGUCUAGAUGAGUUGCCGGGACGUAAUAUGAGUAAAUUGAAAGCCACGAUCAAGGGAAAAGUCUUGAAUGUGGCGCAGGCUACUAGUAAUGCUCUAGCCUUGUUUCAUCGAUAUGCGGCACGGUACAGAGUUGCCCAGGCCAAGAAGCCUUGAGGACUUUUGUGGAUGCAUGUAAGUUAUAGGACCCCUGUUCUAUGUUGGGCUUAUGUUGUUCUUGUAAGGUAGUUAUGAAUAUACUUAAUCAAGGCGUGUGAACAUGAAGUUUUGUUUGUCAU